AUGUCAAGAACUGAUGCAUUGAAGCGGAAACUAGAAGAGAUAAUUCUGAAUCCCGAAAAUGCCGAAUUGCUCGCGAUCCUCAAGGCGGCCCGUAAUGGUGCGGUAUAUGGUGCUAAAGUGCGCUUCCCCCACGCGCUCGUUAUGACAUUUCUCUUUCGGUCCGGUACCCUGCGAGAGAAAGUUGAUGCUAUAUUCGCUGCCACACGAUCACACGCCCUGGUCCUUGCUAGAUACGCAGCUGUGUAUAAGCUAGUUAUGUUUUGUCUGAAGUAUAUGGGCUCAGACGUAGGCAAAGAAGGCACUCAUGAUACCUUUAUUGCUGGAUUAAUCGGUGGCUAUUUGAUCUUUGGCCGGCGAUCAUCCAGAGGACGGAUAUCCCCUGUCAGUAAGCAGAUAGUAAUCUUCGUAUUUGCGAGGGCACUUUUAUCUUUGGCCCAGAUUUCCGUCGAUCCCUCUCAGGGUAUCAUCAAGAAUAACCAACUGUCCAAACAAAUUUCUCAUGGGGCAUGGCCAUUCUUUGCAGCUAUAAGCUGGGGCUCAAUAAUGUGGCUAUUUAGAUGGUAUCCGCAUACAGUACAGUCGGGACUAAGGAGUAGUAUGGAUUACAUUUACGUUCAGAGUGAUCAAUGGGAUAGCCUUAGGAAUUUUUUAAUAUAUAACAAAUAG